AGAACCAGGAAGCUUGUUGUAAACUAGUCUACUAGACUUCAUUCUUGGACAGAAUCGAAAAAACUACAAACAUGACGGACCAAUUUAAGGCGGUAUUAGAGCAGUCCAGUCUGCACCCUAAACCAGCAGGGUUGGUGUUGCAGUAUGGCACAGCUGGAUUUAGGACCAACGCCAAACAGCUGGACCACAUCAUGUUCAGGAUGGGUUUGUUGGCCACGCUCCGCUCCAAGAAGACCAAAGCUACUAUCGGAGUCAUGGUGACCGCAUCACACAACCCCGAGGAGGAUAACGGGGUGAAGCUCGUUGACCCGAUGGGGGAGAUGUUGACGGCAACGUGGGAGGGCUUUGCCACCCAGCUGGCCAACACCGAGCAGGAAGAGCUGCUCACAGCUAUGAAGGACAUAAUCAAGAAGGAGGCCAUAAACAUGAGCCAGGAGGCAAACCUGUUUGUGGGAAGAGACACCAGGAGCAGCAGUGCCAGCCUUUCACAAGCGGUGCUAGAUGGCGUCCAUGCCCUCGGUGGCCACAGCAAAGGCUUCCAACCGUACGGAUGACCAGAAGUACCUCUGUGUUGACGGCGCUAAUGGGAUCGGGGCCUUGAAGGUGCGCGAGAUUGAGAGCCGCUUGAAGAAGGAGCUGCAGAUGUCCAUCUUCAACGACGGCAGCAAAGGAGAACUAAACCGUCAGUGUGGAGCGGACUUUGUCAAAGUGCAGCAGAAACCUCCAACAGGCAUCGAUAUGAACUCAGGAGAUCGUUGCUGUUCCUUUGACGGAGACGCUGAUCGAAUAGUUUAUUACUACACCGACUCUCAGGGGCUUUUCCACCUGCUGGAUGGAGACAAGAUUGCGACUCUCAUCAGCACUUUUCUUAAAGAGCUGCUCAUUCAGGCUGGUCUAGACUUGAAGAUAGCAGUGGUGCAAACUGCUUAUGCAAACGGAAGCUCAACACACUACCUGGAGAACACCAUGAAGGUGAUAGUGAAAUGCACAAAGACUGGAGUGAAGCAUCUUCAUCAUGCAGCUCAAGAGUUUGACGUUGGUGUGUACUUUGAGGCAAACGGACACGGGACUGUAUUGUUCAGCAAACACGCUGAGGUAAAAAUUCAGCAACUAGCCAAGGCCACCAGCAUCAACGAUGAGGUGAAGAAAGCUGCUCUCCUGCUGCAGAGCACCAUCAACAUCAUCAACCAGACUGUAGGAGAUGCGAUAUCCGACAUGUUGCUGAUUGAAGCCAUUUUAGCCAUCAAAGGGAUGACGGUUCAGCAGUGGGACAGCAUCUACAACGACUUGCCCAACAGGCAGCUGAAAGUUAAGGUUUCUGACCGCAGAGUGAUCGAUACAACAGAUGCAGAGAGGCGAGUAGUGAGCCCAGCUGGGCUGCAGGAGGCCAUCGACACUUUGGUGAACAAUUACAGUCGGGCUCGCUCCUUUGUCAGGCCCUCAGGUACUGAGGAUGUGGUCCGGGUCUACGCAGAGGCCGACACUCAGGAGAAUGCUGAUGAUCUGGCUCAUGAAGUCAGCCUUGUAGUUCAUCGUCUCGCAGGAGUAGGAGAGGAACCCAAACCAUUACACUAGAAACACAUUCUCAAUCCAUGAUUUUGUAGAUUACAAAUCAUCAAACUAAAUGCAUCUCCAGUUAAUAUCACGAGACUCUGAAGCCAAAUUUACUCGUGAUUGCCUUUUUGUUGCAGAUGAAGUCAUUUUGUUAAAUUGCACUUUACACUCCACUGUUAAUUCUGUAAGGUUUACACUAC